AUGCAGGUACAGCGAAAUCCAGAAGUUUGCCGCAUUCACAACCUGAAAGUUAUGUUACCCAAAGGAUUAAGAAUAAAUGAACUCCUUGAAGAUAUUGAUGUUCAGCAGGUGCUUUUCUUAAUAGAAGCACUGAGUGCUUCAAAUAUUUCAUCUCCACCUAAACCAACUGUGUUCAUUUCUGGAGUCAUUGCAAGGGGUGAUAAAGACUUCCCUCCAGCUGCAGCCCAGGUGGCUCAUCAGAAACCACAUCCCUCUGUGGAAAAGCAUCCUCCUGCACAACAUGUCAACCAACACAUCCACCAACCCCGCAAAUGAAGCUCCUGUCCCAGGAUCCAGCCAGUGUUUACGGAUGGAAUGAUUUAAGAGAUUUGUGCUACCAGAUCUUUUGAAAGUGGUAUCUCAUGCUUUUGCCUUAAUUGCCUAUGGUUUAAAUGGUUAAAAAGGGGUGGGGGUGGGGAGGGAAGAGUCUUCAGUCCUAUCAACUCAGCUGGAAAAAACAUGUUCCUGUGUACUGCCAAUCAAAAAAUAUUAUGGUCACAGAAAUGUAACAGGAUUGGGAAACCCUAGAUCUUUGAAUAAUUAUUUUAAACUUUUUCAUUUCUGGAUUUUGGCACUACUGGAAUGCAUUAGAUUGGG